AUGUUUACUGUAGUUAAGAUCAGAAAUGGCACCCUUUUAGAUGGGGGCAACAAGAGAAAUGUUAAAUGGAGGGAAGAAAAAUCGGGAAGCACAGUGUACUCGAUUUUCAUCGAUUUUCGCCGUGCUUUUGACUCUGUGCCUCAUAGCCUCUUAUGGUCAAAGCUAUUCAAUCUGGGGCUCUCCUCCAAAAUAUUGAACGUUCUCAUUGAUUUGUAUAAUAAAGCUGAAGCUUACGUAAAGCUCAGGGGAGAUAAAACAAGAAAUUUUGAGAUUACUGAGGGUGUUCUCCAGGGGGAGAUACUGAGUCCCCUUCUCUUUAUUUUAUUCGUUUCUGACUUUGAGGAUUUUUUUAGAGACAAGGGGUUUAGGGGGCUCAGUAUCGACUCUAUGCACGAUAUUCUCUUGCCCACGUAUGCUGAUGACUCAGCCUUACUUUGUCAUACUCCUAUUGACGUUAAGAAGAAACUUGACUCUGAAACAUUACUAGCCAGUGGGAGGAUACUUAAAACAGAGAAAGAGGCAUUUUUCUACGAUAAUGAAACUUUAGAAACAGUUAACAAAUAUGAGUACCUGGGAGUUUUAUUGGAGAGCAAUAUGAAUUGCGUUGGUGCGGCAAGUCAUGCUAUCAGGAAAGCCAAAAUGGCGAUUGGCAUCACAAAAUCUAUUUUGGUGAAAUCUAAGUCUGAUGCGUGGGGCACAAAAAUCAAAUUGUUCGACAGUGUAGUUUCUCCAACGCUGUUUUAUGCGGUAGCAUCGUGGGGCAUUGGACACUUUGAGCAAAUAGAAAAAAUACAGAUUGAUUAUUAUAAACAAAUUCUGCUGCUUCCCGCAGGAACUCCAGGGGUUGCUGUUCGAAUGGAACUAGGUCUGAAACGUCUCGCUAUAAAGGCGCUUGAUCUUACGAUUGGUUGGUUAAUUAGAAUUCUUAGAAUGGGGACACACAGAUUACCGUUGAUUGACAUGGAAUUCUUGGGAGACUGUCUGGACGCUGAGGUCUGGUCUAGUCACAAGGCUAAAGUCUUAUCUAGAUAUCACGAUAACUUGAGGGCACAGGAUUUUCUUAGAUAUUACGAAUGCCCUCAUUAUCAACACCUGAGGCUAGCUCGUCUUAGGGAGAUUGUUGAGGAAAGAUUUGAGGUUGACUGGCUUCCCACGUUACUUGACAUCAAGAAUCCAAAAGAGCUUAAGCGUCUAGCCUUUUUCAUUAUUGAAGCACUUGAGUUCAGAGACAGACAGCUGAAUCAAUCUUUCGAGCUUUGA